GACUGCCAUGGAUUACGCCCCUGAGACAUGCUUGGACCUCUCAUUCUCUGGAGUUGCUGUCGGAGCGGAACGCUGCCGCGUUCAUGACUUGGAGCCGACCAGAUGCGUGGCAUUUGAAGGGAGUUUGACCGGGAGGAGGUUUCACAUGUGCAGCGUUGAAAAUCAUGUGGAGAAUUGUGGUUUUCAGAAAUGGGUUGAUGUAGAAGAAUGGCCAGAAGCUCUGCAGAAUUCUUUGGGAAGGCUGUGGUCUAUGUACCAUGAGGCUAGUGACAAAAGAAUUGAAGAGAGGCUUGAGAAUGCCAAGUUGGUUCAAGAGUUGGUCGAGGAGAGGGACAAGUUCAAAAAGAACUACUACAGUUUAAUGGAUGAUGUUGCCAAAUUUAUGAAAGAUCAAGAGAAAAGGGUCAUGGAGGCAAAUUUAAAGAAGAUGAAUGAAGAGAAGGAAGCUAUAUUUGACCUGGACAGGCCUGCAUUGGAAGAUGAGGUGAUCAAGCUCAAUUCAGAGUUGUUUGAUUUGAAGGAGGAGAAGAAGAAGUGGGAGUCGCAGAAGAAGCACUGGGAGUCAAUGGAGAAGCUUAGAAAGGAAAACUGGGAGAAGAAAGAAGAGGCAUGGAAGGAGGAGAAAAAGAAGCUAGAGUACACAGUAUUUGACCUCUUCAAGGUUAACAGUGCAAACAAGGAGAAGCUGCUGCAGAUCAAAGGCAUUAUCGGAGAAAUCUGAUUUGAUUAAUGUCAUUUUAUGUAUGCUGGGUUUAUGUAAUAUGUAUGCUAGAUCUCGGAAGAAUUCUAAAUUAGGGUUUAUGUAAUAUGUAUGCGGGAUCUCGGAGAAUUCUAAAUUAUGUUUAUGUAAUAUGUGUCGGAGAAUUCUAAAGUUGGUUAAUGUGAUAUGUA